UUUUUCGUCCACUCCUCUCGAUCCCUAGAACUCCCACGCCGCCGCCGCCCGCCCCUUCCAGGCCCCGCCCCCCCAGCCCUAGCCGCAACCCCAACCCCAUGGAGGUCGAGAUCAAGCUCCGUCUCCCCGACGCGGCUGCACACCGGCGCCUCUCCUCCUUCCUCGCGCCCCGCCUGCUCCGCACCGACGCCCCAGCGCGGCCCCUCGCCGCCCAGCGGGACGUCCGCCUCUACGGCACCGACGACCGCGACCCCUCCCGCGCCGUCCUCACGCUCAAGCGCCGCCCGCGCAUCGACGCCGGCGUUAGCCGCGUUGAGGAGGUCGUGGAGCCCCUCGACCCCGCCCUCGCCCUCACCUGCGUCGACAACCCCGCCCGUCUUGACGCGGUCGACUCCCCCAUCGUCCGGCUCGUCUCCGACGAGUACGGCGUCGGCGGGGACAAAGCGCCGUUCGUCUGCCUCGGCGGCUUCCGGAACACCCGCGGUGUGUAUGAGCUCGAGGAGGGCGAGGGGCAGGGGCUCGUGCUAGAGCUCGACGAGACACACUUCGAUUUCGGCACAAACUACGAGCUGGAGUGCGAGACCGCGGAGCCCGACCAGGCCAAGGAGGUCCUGGAGCGGCUGCUCACCAUGGCUGGGGUGCCAUAUGAGUACUCCCGGAGCAAUAAGUUCGCGUGCUUCAUGGCCGGGAAGCUGCUUCCGUGACUAGGUACCUGAAAGGCUGAACCUGAUCUUUGAUGAACUAGAAGGCCAAGAUACCAAGGACUCGAGUGGGCGACUCCAAGAAUGGCGAUGAACAGGGCAGGGCGUGUGGUAUUGCAGUUAACUAUGUGUCAUCUGGUCAUCAUAGUGAUUGGUAGAUUAAAACCGUUAGCCACCUCUGAAUUCAUAUCGAAGUCAUGCGAGCUGGUCUUUUUCUGCUUGGAUCUCCAGGGGCCUGAUCAAUUGAACAAGUAUAUUGGGGAGAGCGAAUCAGAAGUAAGGAAAAUAUGAACCCGUGCAAGCACUAACUCACCAUACAUCCUAUUUUUUUGAGGUAAAACUAAGUAGUUGUGGCCGCUUUGGAUGAGAGAACCCAAUUCCUGGUAAAUUGGACACCAUCAAUGAGUUCGUCGAGUUUGAUUGAACUCUCACACUUUGAACAUGCUCUAUUUAAAGCAAGGCCAUCCCUGUCAUAACAGGCUGUUCCCGCCGAUGCUGCUGUUCAUGCCGUCCCCCCAGUGCCUAGCAUAUAAGGCAUAUAAGGAAGUGUGUCGUCUGAAUUUGGAUCAUGCCAUGCACAAGACUAUUCAGAUUGUUUUCUUGAGGAAAGUGAGUAUUCAAGUUGGUUAGAUGAAAGUGUAUCAUCAUUUUUUCAUGAAAAAUAAUUUCAUAAUACCAUAUUGCAGUGACUUCCUAUGUCAUCAGCAAAUGCAGUGGAGAAGAAGCCGGUUCACCACAUGAUCAUUUAAUUUGUUAUUGUUUUUUAACUAUUCCCUGUUGCAUGUAUAAUCAGAAAAAAUAAAACUCCUCCUUUCGGCCCAUACUAGGAGUCUGGAAGUGAUACUUUUGUGAGGAGUGCUGGAACAUGACUGGAUCAAGCGAGACAGAGAACAAUGGAUGAAAGAAAGAGAUCAGAAAAGGGAUUCACUCCUGACCACCUCAUACAUAUAUACAUGUUGAAAAUAUUGUUGAUUUUGAUUUAAAAAUGGCUAAAUUGGAGGAAAGCAUUUCUGCUACAUUCAUCGGCAAUACUGCACCAUAUACUAUAGAAGCUUGGGCCACUAAAUCAGCUGUUUCUAAUGGAUCUUCUUGGACUCAACAGUAUCAAUCUACUUCCUAGGCAUGUGGUUUAUUUUAUUCUUCAGCUCAAUGGAAAACCAUGGCAAGUUCUGUUUUACCUUUAGGGUGUUGUCAAAAUGAUUUCAUUGAGACCAAUUAAGUGAAUAGCCUAUGGAAAAAUGAUGACCUGUUGUUAAAAUGAAAUAAAAACAGAUAAACAGAAAAAUGAUGAUCUAUUGUUGAUUGUCUUCAACAGAAACAAACCUGUUCAUAGUUUUCUUGUGUUUUUUCUUCGAUGUGACUCUUUGCCUGACAUGUUGAUGUUACUAUGUAUCCCAUAUUGGAUUUCACAUAAGGAAUGUCCAUCCCUGAAGUACAACCUCGCGUACAUGGUUAAGUGGACCAGACUAAGUCCGGAAGAAGAUUGAAAAUUUCAAACGAGCGCCAAGUGAUUGAGUCAUUCAUCGCUAUGGACGUGAAUAGCUGACAAGGGCCACCUUGAUCAGAAUCGCUCGAUAAACCAGUCCUUCCAGAAAGACAAGCAAAUCCUGCCA